UUAGAGAUGAUGUCUGCACAAGACAUGGCUAAAGUAAUGAUUGUCAUGUUUGCAGUUUGUUUUCUGGCCAAGUUGGACGGGAAGCCCAUUCAGAAGAGAGCUGUGAGUGAAAUCCAGCUGAUGCACAGCCUGGGCAAACAUCUCACCGUGAUGGAUAGGGUGGAAUGGCUGCUUAAGAAGAUGCAAGAUGUGCACAAUUUUGUUGGCCUCAAAGCUCCUCUUCUUGCCAAAGAAGGAGGUUUCCAGAAGCCUCGCAAAAAGGAAGACAAUAUUCUAGUUGUCAGUCAUCACAAAAGUCUUGGUGAGGCAGACAAAGCCGAUGUGGAUGUACUAGCUAAAGUUAAAUCCCAGUGA